AUGGGGCCUUCUUUCCUCGCUAUCUUCGGCGCGGUGCCCGUCAGCUGGACAUUCUGCACCAUUCGGAGGUGGUUAGGAUUCCGUUUGGGGCCAAUCCUGUCAAAUGAUUUUCUCAUAAAAAUAGGGACAAAAUUUGUCCCCCUCAAUUGGAAUACAAUUUGCUCUUCUUUACCUCCGUGGACAUGGGUCCUUUCUCAUCAUCAAGUGGAAGGAUACUUAUCUUUGGAGAACAUACUUCUCGGCUCAACUCAGGAAGAACAUGGUGAACAAAGUUGCCCUGGGCCUGGGAAACACUCUCUCCAAGAGGACCCCAUUGAUGUUGAUGAUGCCACCUUAGUGGAGAACCUCUGGAGUUUGAUGAAAUUGAAAAGGACCUUCCUGCCUACUCUAAAAAAGCAUUGUCAGAUUCAAAAUGGACGUUCAUAACCCAGGAGGUACAAUUUUAUAUUUUAAUUUCCUCUCGUUUUUGUUUGGUUUUGUUCCCCAACCCCCCUGCACCUCUUUUUUUUUUUUUUUUUUUUUUUUUUUUUUUUUUUUUGAGUUAUUACAUUCAUAAGUGAUUGUCGUAUACGAUUUGGAUAAAUGCAUCAAUGAUGUUUCGCUUA